UCUUUUGUGUUGAUUUCAAAGUUCACGACGAGGCUCGCGUUUCUGUGUGUGGUGUCGCUGCAGCUCAGUCGACGUUGGUGGGAGUACCCCCUGCAUAGGUCCCUUUUGCAGUGCAGAUCCAGUAGUUGGAGUUGUUGUACACCGAGCACGAGAGGGAGAGAGGAGUGUGAGCGCAGCAGCUGAGUGAGCAAACAGAGGUAGAAACAUUAGGUUAUCUUCUGAGACUAUCAGACAUCGACCUGUCACUUUUACCGCUUCGAGCCGAGUCCCGUCUUGUUGAAGAGGACCACCACAACAACAGCAGCAGCAGCAGCAGGAGCGGCAGGAGCAGCAGCAGCAGAGCCCGGGUCUGGUCUGGUCUGCUCGAGCAGCAGCCGCCUGUGAAAAACUCCCAAACGCGGUCGUCUCAGCUGGCAUGAGCUAACCUACCAGACAGUCAUGGAAACCAAACCAUUCUUGUCAUUGGGGUUCCUGAAGCCCCAGUGCUCGUUGGCUCCUCCCAUGCAGCGGGGUCGCUCAGGCGAGGCAUGUUCCUGUUUCAGUGGCGUGUGUCCCCUCCAUCAGCGUCGCCUAUCCUCAGACUCUUCAGGCCAGAUGACCUCCUCGCCCCUGGGCUCACCCACAUCCCACCGGGGAAUGCACCCGUCUCUUCUCAGCCCGACGUCCAUGGGGCCCUCUGGCUCUCUUCACUCUCCCAUCAGCACGCUGAGUUCACCCAUGAACGGCAUGGCCUCACCUUUCUCCGUCAUCAGCUCACCCAUGGGCCCUCACUCCAUGAACUCGCCAGGCAUGGGCUACGGCCCCAGCGUCAGCCCCCAGCUGAACUCUCCGAUGAACUCGGUCAGCAGUACGGAGGACAUUAAGCCCCCGCUGGGCCUCAACGGUGUGAUGAAGGUGCCCGCCCAGCCCUCAGGCACAGCCCUGUCGCUCACAAAACACAUCUGCGCCAUCUGUGGUGACCGCUCCUCAGGUAAACACUAUGGGGUAUACAGCUGUGAGGGCUGCAAAGGUUUUUUCAAAAGGACGGUGCGCAAAGACCUGACCUACACCUGUCGUGAUAACAAGGACUGUGUCAUCGAUAAACGCCAGAGGAACCGCUGCCAGUACUGUCGCUACCAGAAGUGUUUAGCCAUGGGCAUGAAGAGAGAAGUUUUGUUACAUGCAGCCGUUCAGGAGGAGCGCCAGCGAGCCAAGGACAAAAAUGAGAACGAGGUGGAGUCCACCAGCUGCGCCAACGAGGACAUGCCCGUGGAGAAGAUCCUGGAAGCCGAGCAGGCGGUGGAACCCAAAACGGAGACCUACAUUGAGACCAACCUUGGUGUGCCAUCAAACUCGCCCAACGACCCAGUGACAAAUAUCUGUCAGGCGGCUGACAAACAACUCUUCACACUGGUGGAGUGGGCCAAGAGGAUCCCCCACUUCUCUGAGCUGCCGCUGGACGACCAGGUCAUCCUUCUACGAGCAGGUUGGAAUGAGCUCCUCAUUGCAUCAUUUUCGCACCGUUCGAUAGCGGUUAAAGACGGGAUUCUGUUGGCAACCGGGCUGCAUGUACACCGCAACAGCGCUCAUAGUGCCGGAGUGGGAGCCAUCUUUGACAGAGUGCUCACAGAACUGGUGUCUAAGAUGAGGGACAUGCAGAUGGAUAAGACAGAACUGGGGUGCCUUCGAGCUAUAGUCCUUUUCAACCCAGACUCAAAAGGUCUGUCCAACCCAGGUGAGGUAGAAGCCCUAAGAGAGAAAGUCUAUGCGUCUUUAGAGGCCUACUGCAAACAGAAAUACCCAGAGCAGCCUGGCAGGUUUGCCAAGCUGUUGCUGCGGUUACCAGCGCUGCGCUCGAUCGGCCUGAAGUGUCUGGAGCACUUGUUCUUCUUUAAGCUCAUCGGCGACACGCCCAUCGACACCUUCCUCAUGGAGAUGCUAGAGGCUCCACAUCAAAUGACAUAAUAGCGUAAGGGGGUUGAGCCCUCGCCCCUCUCCUCUCCUCCUCCCUCCCUCCCUCCUCCUCCUACAUCUCCCACCAGCCAUGGAUCAGGAGCAGGGUCCUUUUUUAAAAAUCCUGUCUCCAGCAAGGGACAGAUCACGUGACGAUUUUGGACGGAGAACCUCUCCCUUCCUCCCUCCCCUCGCUCCUCGGCUCCCUUUUGAUGUGUUUCGAAACAAUGAAAUCAUCAUGUCUGUGGGUCUGUUUUAUACCUUGUAAAAAUAUAUAAAUAAGAAAUAUAUAUAUGAAAAUCACACGACAACACGAGUGACGACAACAGUGGACUGAACUGAGGAAGGACAGAGGACAAAAGAAACGUAUUGAGCCAUCGUUUUCAUCUUUGCUGUUCCUACACCUUGACGAGAAAAAGCAGAGAUGAUCAGGUUUUAAACACCCACGGUUAUGCUUCCAGGUAUAUUAAAAAAAAAAAAACGGUGAUGAUGUCAUAUUUGGACACUCAGCGUUGUGAUCGGGACAAUCGUGGACUCGGAGAGCCUCAGGCUGUCUAGACUUGGACCUGAGCCUUCUCCGUCUUUCAGGACUGAACUUACUUUGGGGAGGGACGGUGGGGGAAGAUGUCUGCUUAAAGGAACUCGUCCGUUCCUGCCUGACUCGACUGAACACAUCAGGUCUUGCACUAGCUGUUUUUUGAAGUGUGAGCUUUCUGGAGUAGUAGAACUCAGAGGUAGGUUAACAAGACUGGAAGUGUUCAAAAACCUCAGGUCUCUGCCCAAUUCCAACAAAUACAACCAUGUCUUACUCUAUUAGCACUGUGCAACAUCGGGGAGGACGACCUGUUAGUCCACUAAUCAGCCCUUCAGUUAACGUAUUGAUCGAGAAAGAGAUGCUUGAGAGUUUGUUAUGUACAAUCUGCGCUGUUCUUUUCUGCACAUAGGAAAAACGCUGGCUGUUGUAAAUUAGCCUCACGCUAGCUUUAGGCUGCAUGAGCAUCACUGGAUGCUCUGAAAGGCAACCAGCAGGCGCAGCAGCUUGGAACAACUUUUGUCAUCCUCUUUUAAACAUUUGGCCUUCAUCGGAAGCUUUCAAGAGAUCACAUCGAACUCGGAUGGCUGGAAAGUGAGCGCUCGUUCUCAUCUGUGGGGGGGAUAUUGUUGUUUCGUCAGCCCCUGAGCUCCUUUCCGUCCCACGUCCAACCUCCCCACUCGUCAUUUCAUGUGAAUUUGAGCACACCAUUUACACCUCCACAAUCCCCUCUGCUCAAAGCGGCGGGUAUUAGCUUUUCAAAACACCUCAUAUCUACCUGUACAGAAAGUUACAACCGCAUACAGUAUUGACGCUAUUUUCAGUUUUUCAUUUUAACAACAGCAAUGCACAAUUACCUCUGUUUCCAUCCCUCAGACCUUCAGUUCCUGACACUCAUUUAAACAUUUACAAAAUGCGGGAGAAGUGCGUGUUGAUGCAGCAGAGCCAUUAUUUUGUUUAUUUGUUUGUUACUUGGCACUUAACCUCAUGACAGUGGAGUCGGGUUCCUAAAUGGAGAGCUGAUGUUGAUGUAAUCGACCUCUGUGGUGGAAUUUGGCCCCGGCCCAAUCAGGCACGCCCCAAUUGUUGCCCUCCUCAGAGGGUCACGCACACUCGCUCUCUCUGCACUUCUCUGGACAACCAAGUGUCACUCAAGUUGAAAUGUUAAAUGUCUCCAUGUUAUGUAUAAACAUGCUUUAUGCCCAUAUUCUGCUUUUUUUUUUUGUUGUUUUUUUUUUCCUCUUCUCCUUUUUCUCUAAAUGCUGCAGCUGCUGCAAAACUAUGCAUCAAGUGCAUUUCCAAAGAUUGUCCACAGAGCGGGUGCAUAUUCUAACAGCUCAGAAAGGUCUGAUUCCUUUUAAAACAGGUGUUUGUGAGGUGUGGGUCCACUGUAAUCAUUUCCUGGAGCAGAAAUCUAAUUGAAGUUAUUUUCCCCACUAUUCAGAUAUUUGAUUCUGUACCAGUUUAUUUAGCUGUGACUCAUUACAUAGAAAACAAACAGCUAUUUGACAGUGUGUUAUGGUACAGUGGAGCACAGUGGAGGUUAUGGACAUGCUAGAUAAUAGCAGAGCAAGAGAAAAUGACUGAAAGAGAAUUAAAUUCAAGGAUUUCCCUUCAGUGUUCACAUAUUAACUACUUCUUCAUCAGUUUGUGGUCACACUGAGUGUAUGGAGUCUUGAUAGUGCCACGUAAAUACUUUUUUUUUUUAAUCCCUUAACAUUUAAUUAAUGAAUUCAAAAGGUUAAUUCGAUUUCCAAUUUAUUUUUGCAUUUAAAAACUCAAAGUAAAAAGCAAAAUAAGAUAAUUACAUUUGCCAUUUAAAGAUUCUAUUGCCCUUUUUUAUGAAAUAAUAACUGAAUUUUAAAAUUGAAUAACAAUGCUGAUUUUAAAAAGGCUUAUAAAUCUUUUCUUGGUAUUCCAUGUGCCUGAUAUAUUUUAUCUGUUUGUUUACUGCUUUAACGUUUACAGUUCCACUUUAAGCAUUUAAAUUGUCACUUAAAAGUGAAAUGACGGCCAAUCCACAGAGCGGUAAAAGGAGCUGUUAUUGGCCAAUUGUCAGCUUCUGAUCCGCACUAUGAGUUCAGUUUAUUUUACUUUAUUAGUUUUUUUUUUUUUCAGUUUGUCAAAUUUAUUAAUUGAACAUAAUUUCAACAAAAGAAAAAAGAAAAGUCUGAAAAAGUAUCAAAUUAUUCUGGUGCCACCAUCAGGACUCCAUGGCAGUGGUGACUCUGACCAAAACACCACUGAAACGAUGACCAUAUGUCAAACUUUCAGGGUGACUUGGGGCCGGUUUUCACAGACGUGCAUCACUGAAGGGCCUCCAGUGGUGCGUUAAUCCACCUCCUGAGAAACUGAUCCCCAGACAUCCGCUGAUCUUUUUCCUUAUGAAGAAAAAGCAAAGACCCAGUUCAGAUGCCAGCAUUGAAAUGUCAGAUACUGUAUGCUUCAAGCAGGACGACGACCUUUACUUUCAGUCUCAGAGCGGUUUGGAGAAGAGAGCGAGAGUGUGAGGGAUUUGGCGUGAGAUUUAAGAGCUGUGAGCUCCCUCUAGUGGAAGAGAAGCAGCACUGCAACAUUACUUGAAUUUUUUUCUACAAGUAUUUAAUCAGACAACAAGACGGCACUUUCUCACAGUGUUAUUAUCAUCAAUGUUCUUUUGGAUCAGACAAGAACCUCAGUGUCUGUGCUUGUUAAAAACUGAAAAUAAGUAGCAAUAACUUCAGUAUGACCUGUUGGUUUGUUGUUUUAUUGUUACUCAACAGUUUCAAUGAGGUGGUCUGUGUUAUUACUAACUAUCCAGGUGACAGUAUUAACUGCCAGCUUGAGCUCGGUUUACAGUAUUUAUAUUCUGGAAAAUGAUACUUGUUUGUCUGUUAAAAGAAAAAAAAAAACUGUCAAUUUAAGCAUUAUGGCAAAGAGAAGCUCUACUCACAUUCAGCUUUUUCUGUAACACCGGGCGACAUUUCUUAAUCAAGAAAAGCAGAUAUUAAGCAAUUAAAUGUUUCUUUUUUUCCAACAGGGUGACCCAACUUUAAAAUUAUUAUCCUCCUGUUGUCGUCAGUGUCACGAGGUCUCCUGCUCUUAGUUUACUGUGAUUGGUUACUGCAGGUAUCUUAAGCCAUAAAGUGGAUGAUGUGGGAGCUCACUCCCCUGCAGGAAAUGGACAGACAAGGAUCUUCUCGACGAGAUAAAAGAAACGAUCACCCACACGGAAUGAUAAUCUACAUGAAUGCUUUAUAACAUAAAGCUAUAUUUUGUUAAUAUGUAUAUGUGUAUAUAUUUAUAAAUAUAUAACAGAUCUGUUCCUUGAGUAUUUCCAACAUUGACAGAGGGGGACAAGUCUUUCAGACCAAACUGUUCCGCACCAGGUGUUCUUCAACUCAGAGUUUUAUGGUGUUUUCUUUUUUUCACAAAUAUCUGAGGGUUUUUUUUGUUUGUUUGUUUGUUUUAUUUUUUUACAUUUCAACCUUGACUUUAUAAAAUUACUCUCAAUCAACCAGCAGAAUCGCAGCACCUCCAAACUCAAAAAGAACCAGCUUCUCAGCAGUUUAUGGGACCUCAAAAAAACUAUGAAAGAGAGAAAACAAAAAGGUUAAGUCUUUAAACCCUCCAAAAUACGUGUUGCUUGGCAAGUGUAUGUUCAAAAAAAUGUAAUCAGGAAAAGCUGAGCUUGUGACACAAUCACUGCUUUCUUUGUUGCAUAGACAGUAAAAUGUUCAAGUUAAAAAAAAAAGAAAGAAAAAAAAACACUUGGAAAAAGAUCUAUUUUUGUACAAAGGUAAUUUUAUCCCUUGCUUAUGUGCUCUGUUCUUUGCCUUUUCUUCUGUGGGCUGUUGUAUACGUUGUGGAAAAGCUUAUUUGACGAGGCAAGAGAACAUUUUCAGAUUAUUAAAUGAGAGGAAUGGUUGGCUUUGGCACCUUGGUAAACUGUGUCGCCUUUACUUCGCCAUUUUCAACCUGUCGCUGCAAGACGGGAUUGUCUUCAUUAUAUUUUUUGUCUAUUUUUAAAAAGGAGGUGGAAUUUUUGUCAUCUGUUCUUUGUGGGUUGUUCUCUGAUGUUCCUUCAUGGACAGAAAAAAAAAAGUUAUUAAAAAACUUUAAAGUGA